CCAGUAACAAGGCGAGGAAUUAUACAAUUUUAACAACAAUUACAUUUAUCUUGCCAUCUGUGUUUCUUAAUCAUGAAACAGCUCAAUUUAAAAGCUUGUGGUUUAAUCAUUUAUUUCUGAUUCUCGACAAGAGUACUUGAGUCGACUUGGUAAGCGCGUCUUGCGAAAAAAAGAGUCUUUGCGUCCAGAUGUCUUCACCCGACCUCGAGUGAUUUUCCCGAAAUAAAGUGACUACUUGAAGUGAUAUAUUCAGACCAAGUCAAUGAUUUAUUUUCGUUUUAUAGAAAAACAUUUUCUUACUAUUUACAUUCCAACGGUUAAAAUGUUUGACAAAUUCGUCUCGAAUGUCAAACUUUCUGUUUCCUCUAGGAAAAAACACAUCCGUUUUAUAACACGUUUUUGUCAAACCACUUUCAUAAAAGUUUAAUUUAUUUUUUCAUUGUGUUUUGCUAAAAUGUCGCCUUCGUAAAUCUACGUGUUAAGUAAGUCCUAGACCACAAUUUUCAAUUUGAUUUUGGGAUUAGCUUUGAUGCGUUGAAAUGCAAACAUUAACUGACCAUCAAAUCGUAUAAACAGCGGGAACUAUCGUGCAAUACUUCGGUUCCCCUUGGAAAAAAAAAACCAGUCCGUUUGACCCAACUACCUAAAUCUUCCCUGCUUGAUAGCUUAAUUACGGUUUUACUCUAAAACACGCGGAACGAUUAUCCAAAUGAUUUUGUUUUCGGUUAAUCCAUUGGGUAUUUGUAAUUCUCAGAAGAAAAAAACCAUGUAAUCAUAAGAAAAAUAAUUCUUAUCUUCUCAAACCAUGAAAAGGCCUGCGAGUAAAAUGCUAAGAUGUAUUGUUUGUAUCCUGUUCUAUUUUUCCACUAAGGGGAGCGAAUAUUAUUUUUUAUAUCACUUUCUGUGCCGUUACGAAGUUACGUUAUGAGCGCUCACUGUGUUUGCCUCCUAUAGGCGUUAUGCAAAUGAAUAACGCAUCUGUCUGAUUCAAAUUUGUUAACGCAACACGAGCGAUCGCGCGCACUCAAAUGGUUUUCUCCAGAGCACAACUGGACUGAUUUCCGUGAGAGGAACACCGCCUAAAAAUGUGAUUACGGUGCUGAAUGCCGAGCGAGUUUGGUUUGACUUGGUGUUCGUUACUUCUCGUCGUCACAAGUCAUCGCGUCAUGGCAGUCGAGAUCGCGCUGAAUCCGAGGAAAGUUUUGAUUGUGGUUUUGUUGGUAGUCUUUUCCGUCUCAGGUAAAGACAUUCACCGAGCUCAAAACCCCCCAAAAGACGACAAAUCUUCUGGAGUCCCUCUCCCAGCCAUCAUCCUUCUCUCUGUCCUCGGAGUCUGUCUGCUUCUGGUCGCUAUCUUGUACAAGUUGUUGAGUCUUGAUCGUUGUUGUCAUGGUGACGAUGACGAGAAAAAAGGUUCAAUGGUUGAUGGCGCUAAGUACGUGGAGCUUGGUCAGGUGGACCAGCCAUCCGACGCAGAGGACGAAGAAGAGGACCUCGGCGGUGGUUACCGUCCUCUUACGGCUUCCAGCCCUUCCCAUACUCUCAAUCCCGGCUUUCCUUGCGCGCCCGGAGGUCGUAGGCUAGGCAAGCCUGGACGUAGUGCGAGCAUGGUGACACCGCGUCCGAUAGACCCCAGUUAUUUCCUGUCUGUGAACAACACGCCAGCCGCCGCCAAAACCUCCUCAGCGCUUGAUGUGAGUCGCUUCCGCAGCGAGCUCGACCUGACUUUCGGCUCCAGCUCCAAUAACUCCGCCAAGUACGGCAGCUGGGCGCAUGGACUAGCUGCCCCGCCUUCCAAAGACCGUGCAAUGUCAGCAUACGGCGAUCUCACCUCCCUCCGACGACCCUCUGCCUCCGAUCCCCGUCGGCGCUUUGCUAAGCUUCAAGUUUCCAUUUCGUACGCCCCGACGGCUCAACGACUAGAGAUCGAAGUGCUUCGGGUCGAGGACGUCAGCGAUGCGUUGAUACGCUCGGGAAUCGCCGCCGAGGUUGUGGUACACGCGAGUAUACUCCCGUCUAAGCGAUCCCGAUUUAAGACGAAAGCGAAGCCAAUUACGAACGCCGCAUUCCAUGAACGAUGGGUAGUGCGCAACGUUUCCAAGAAAGAACUGUUCAUGCAGCAGUUACGGUUCCGGCUGUACAGCCACGAGUUUCUAGGAAUGGGUCGGAUCCUUGGAGAGACUGUUGUUGAUGUCAUGUCGUUUGAUCUUGAAGAGGUAGCAAAUUCAAAGUGGCUCACAUUUACUCCGGCGCCAGAAAUUAAGAAACUAUUAAAUCUUUGACACCAGUAACCAACAGAGUAGAGUUUGUGUUUUCGGUGCGCAAGGACUCUGAGAAAAAGGCAAAAAACAAACUUAGAUAAUCGAAAUAUUCUACGCACCGAACUUGUGCAUACCUGGGUAAUCAAGCGAUACUGGUAAAUAGAAAAUACAAAUAUAUCCGCCAUAACUUAAAUAUAUAAUUAGAGCCAACGUAGCACUGUGAAUCAAAUAUCCAAAGGGUAAGAUUUGAACAAAGCCGAUUAAGUACGUCUAAAUGAUUUCUUUCUUGCUGGCUGGCGGCAAGGGCAAGACAGGCCUCACUUGUAAAAUGAGAAAAGGUAGCGGAUAUGAAUCCGUGUUAGGGAACAAGUUUUUUUACUCAUCGAAGUAAAUCGAUUUUUUGGGCCUGCAUUUAGAUUUGGGUCCUCGGUUUUGUCAUGGCAGAUUCAAUAGAGUUGAAGCAGAUUUUAAAAAAAAAAGGAUUCCCUUAUUACUAUUUAUCGUGUCGUAGAUUAUAGUAAGACAAAGGCCUUAGAAAUCCGUGAGUAGUUCAUCAUUGGGUGGGACAUGUUUGUGUCAGGGUGGGGGUUAGUAUAGAGAUGGAAUAAAAAGAAAAUCAAAAUGGUAAA